UUUUAGCGCCCCAAAAAAACGCAUCAAAUAUUUAGGUAUAAAUCUAGACCACAAAUUGAAUUUCAAAUCAAAUGCUUCCAACAACAAGCAUAAAUGCAUCUCCAGAAGCAAGCAUAUGUGUUCCUCUUUUGGAGUACUGUCACUAAAUAUACCUUUCGCCAAAUGCAAAAUGCAAACUCCAAGAAAAUUCUCCCGCAGACCGCAGAAACCACCUCUCUCAGAGCCAUUACUAAAAUGAGGCAUCCAAGGUAUGAACUCUACAACCCCUCCAACAUGCUCCUGUACGAAAAAACCCUGAUCAAACCAAUUAACCAACGCCUGAACGAUCUGUCACCAAAAUUUUCACAGAGGAAAGUGAACAUACAAAUCUUAAGAGAACUUUGCACCAAUAGGAACGAAAAUACAAGACCACACAGAAAACAUCCUCUGAACAUCAUAUGGGAGAUUAUCAAAACGCUACAUAAAUAGCUUCAAAAUUACUGUUUGUUUUUUUUUUGUGAAAUAUUGUUAUACAAUUGUUUACCAAACAUUUAUUUGUAAAAUAAUCAAUGGUUUCUCUUUUAUAACCAGGCUGAAGCACCUCGGUCGAUGGCCUUUUGGAUUGAUCCAAUAAAGAACAUUUAUUAUUAUAAAUAGUUGGGGAGCCGACGAUGCUAAGUCG